AUAGCUCAAUAAACACUUCUCAUUUUCUUUAAAAAUCAUUCAUUCAUUCAAUCUAAUCAAUGUCGCCGAUAUCAUAGUCCCGGUAUGUGGAAAAAUUGCAAAUUGGAAUAGGCUGUGUGAACUUAAUAAUUGCAAAUAUAAUCAUUUAGAAAUAAACAUUUCCUGGCGUUCGUUACAGUUAUUAAGUUUUAAGAAAAAUUGCCGAGACAAUAAUCUUCUAUUACAUCAAAAACGAUAUGUUCAUGUUACAAUUUUUGCAGCAGUGAUUGGCGCCACACGACAAAAGGUUGUUUAUACGAAAGUGUUAAAUUCAAUAGAAUUUAAAAUGUCCGUCAAACGACAAGCGACUACUGAAUUAAAUCACGACAAUUGGGAUCAGGAUGAUCCCGCAGACCAUGAAGAAAUGGGAACAUUUAAAGUAGCUCCAAAAGAACAGCUUGAAAAACGUGUUAUCAGAACUGCAAAACGGCGAAGUACCCAACUCAGUGGGGACGAGCCCAAGAAAAGUGUCUUUAGUGGAUUCAGUGGCUUCAACAAGGCACAACCAUCAUCCUUUGACUUUUUGUCCAAAUUAACCAGUAACGGCCAGAAUGGCAAUAAUGACACCAGUAGUUCAGCCAGUAAAGCAGAUUCUUCAGUGACAUCUAGCUUAUUUUCAAGUAAACCUCUUGCCAGUCCAAGCAGUGGUUUAUUUGGCAAUCAAUCAAACACUACACCCAGCAAAUCUCCAUUUGGAUCACCGGCAAAUCCUGCGACACAGACAGGCUCAAGCUCAUUAUUUGGGAUACCUUCUCAAAACACAAGUUCAUCUAUGUUUAUGACAUCUAAAGCAGAUUCAACUGUCAAAGACUCUCCAUUUAAAAUUCAAACAGUUACAAGUUCUACAGAUAAUUCAGACUCAACAACAACAACCUUAACAAAAACAUCUAAUUUAUCUGUUACAACCAUGAAGUUUGACAUUCCAUCUAGCAGUGCUAACAUAACAAAAUCAUUAUUCCCAACUACAUCAAAUUCUUCACCAUUUAAAAUUCAAACCACAUCAAAUACUACUGCUGCAUCCACUUCGACAGCAAAGAACACUUUUGGUAUAACUUCAAAACCAGAAUUGAAUUCUAGUGAUUCAGAAAAGAACCCAAAUAAUACUAAGAAUGACAAGAAAAUGAAGUAUUACUCAAAAUUAAAAGGAUUAAAUGAAUCUGUAUCUGAUUGGAUAAACAAGCAUGUGGAACAAACUCCACUCUGCAUACUGACACCAAUAUUCAAGGACUAUGAAAAGUAUUUAAAAGAAAUUCAAGAUGAAUAUAAAGGUUCAGAUGAAGAAGUGGAUAUACAGUCUGAUAAAAAUUCUACUGAAAAUAAACCACUCUUUGGCAGUGAUGCUAAAAAAUCCUCAAUUUUUGCUUUGCCCCCAAAAUCAGAAGCAGUUCCUACUUUGACAACUCCAAGUAAUGCUAAUUCAGCCACAGAAAAACCAAGCUCAUUCUCCUUUGGUAUUGGGUCAAGUACUAAUACUUCAAGUACAAUCACAACCAGCUCUGCAGGAUUCUCUUUUGGAGCGAUUACAUCAAGCACAGCUAGUGCUGUUGCUCCUUCUCCCUUCUCCUUUGCCACUUCCACAACUACAACAGCAGCCAAUGGAACUGCUGCACCAUUUUCAUUUGGGAUUGGAAAGCCUUUUAGUUUUAAUUCUAAUAUUAAACAAAACACAGAGACUAGUGAAGAAGCAAAUGAAGAAGAUGAUACACCACCUAAAGUAGAGUUUACACCUGUUGUAGAAGAGAAUUCAGUUUAUGAUAAACGUUGUAAAGUGUUUGUGAAAAAAGAUGGUAGCUUUGUUGACAAAGGUGUUGGUACUCUAUAUAUCAAGAAAAUAGAGGAAAGUGAGAAACACCAGCUUCUUGUUAGAGCCAAUACUAACCUUGGUACCAUUUUAGUUAAUUUGAUAUUAGCAUCUGCCAUUCCCACACAACGUAUGGGCAAAAAUAAUGUCAUGUUAGUAUGCAUACCCACUCCAGACGCAAAACCGCCUCCAACACCUAUCUUGAUUCGAGUUAAGACUUCAGAAGAAGCUGAUGAACUGCUACAAACUUUAGACAAAUAUAAAAAAUGAUUUUGUAUUUUUCUGAUAUACCCUGGAUUUUUUUUUCUGUACUGACCCAUGGUUAUUAAUAAUAUUGUUUAUGAGUAGCAAGUCUAGAAAAUCAAAUUUUAUAUUCAAAUUGUUUUUUUGUUUUCUUUAUUUUAUUUUAU